UUGGUCACGGAAAAGACAACGCACUCAUUUGAGAUUAAAAACAACGUGUUAUGGUGUUGAAGGAUUUGAAGAUGUAAUAAUGCAAAGUGACCACGUCCGUUACAAAAUGAACUGAGUUCUCACCUUUCCAAUGUUUUCCAGCGAAAGAGAAAUACACAUCAGAAACGAGGCUUUCGUGAAAGCUGGAUCAAACAUGGAAAAGGCAAAUAAACUUGUGAGACGAUCAGUUGUUAUGCAUGUUUAAGUGCGCAUCGCCUCUUCAUCAUCUACCCGAUUCAGGUACCGUACGUUCUGCCUUGGUGACAAUGGAGAAGUUGCUGCGGCCGGUGUUCAUGGCGGUUUUUGUGGCGUGUUGUUUCCAAAUCGCGCAGUCGUCGGAGCCUCCUCUUGCGCCGGCGUUGUACGUAAUGGGGGAUUCCUUGCUCGACAGCGGGAACAACAAUCUCCUGCCGACGUUUGCCAGAGCGAAUUUCUUCCCUUACGGCAGCAUUUUUGCGGCGGGAGCUACCGGGAGGUUCACGAACGGGAAAACCGUCGCGGAUUUCGUAGCCGAGGCUCUCGGAUUGCCGUUUCCUCCGCCUUACUUGAGCCUGCGAGGAUCCACGCCCCUCACGGGGCUGAAUUAUGCGUCUGCAUCGUGCGGCAUUCUACGCGAAACUGGAAAUGACCUAGGGAAGUGUUUGUCUAUAGCUGAGCAAGUUAACAUGUUCAACCAAACGGUGCAGAUGGAACUGUCAAGGCACUACAACAGCUCAGAGCUUUCGGAUCACUUGUCCAAGUCCAUUUUCCUGGUGGCUAUAGGCAACAAUGACUACAUCAACAACUACCUACAACCAAAUUUCUACAAUAGCAGUAGAGCUUACUCCCCUACAGAGUUCGCUAAACUUGUAAUCGAUGCACUCUCCGUGCAAUUCCAGAGGUUAUAUGAUUUGGGAGCUAGAAAGGUGGUGAUGUUUGAGAUUGGGCCGAUCGGUUGCAUUCCGUUAUUCACGAAGAAAUCUAAACCGACAAAUGAGACGUGUGUUGUGGAUUACAACCAGCUUGUGAUGAUGUUCAACGAGCAGCUCGACGCCAUGCUGAAAAAUCUGACCACCACCCUCCACGACUCUCAAUUUAUACUCGGUCAUUGUCACUGGCUUGGCUACGACAUCGCCAUAAACCCGUCUGCAUAUGGUUUGACAGAUUCAAGCAAUCCUUGUUGCCUUACAUGGGAUGGGGCUUCGGCAUGCAUACCGGAGACGAUAGCAUGCCGCGAUGCAGACAAACACUAUUUCUGGGACGGCUAUCAUGGUACAGAAGCUUUUUAUAGGAUCGUUGCGACUCAGUGUAUCAAUGGAACUUCUGUUUGCCUUCCAAAGAACAUCAUGGACCUUGUUCGAUCCUGAACUCACUUUGUUUCUGGGUAGAAACUGUUGCUGUUGUAUGUAGUAUAUCCAUUAUUUGAUUCAAAUAUAUGCUUGUAGAAACAGAAUAAAGAAUGCACCAAAGCAUAGGUCAUUCAAGAAAAUCAACAAUGAUGUAAGCAUUAACAAUUGAUUACAUAAAAUUGCAUGAGUUGAAGAAGAAAAUUGUCUUACGAUUAUGCUACAGAUGUGAUCGACUGGUCGCCCUCAUGCCUAACGUUCAAUGAACAAAGCAAAAGUGAAUGUCCUAAAUAGAACACCGUCAAAUUGAACUUCUCUUAUCUUUAUACUCCACAGAUGAAAGGUCCUUAAUUUCUGAAAUAUGGGUUAGACAAAAAGGG